AUGAGGGCAAAGAUCUGGAGUCAGUGGGAGAAGAAGUUCAAGACAGUCGACGUGGAGCUCGAUCGGCAAGCACCUUGUUGUUUGAUCAGCCAAGGGCUUUUGGAGCAGGCCGGCCUGGAUCAUCCAUCCCACAACGAAGUCCAAUGUCCCAAGAAGUGCCAUCAGGAGACAAUCAAGCUGUCCGUCCGCGAGAACCAGACACCUGCUGGCUGUAGAGGACGGCAAGCCUGCGUCAUAACAUUCUGCAUCCUAGAGUGUAAGGAACCAUUCGCGCUCAUGACUGGUCAGGAGGAACUGUGGAUGGAAGAAGCACCUUCGAAAACUAUUGCUAUUUUAGUCCGAGAGAAAAGGAGCAAAGCCAAGAAAGAAGCUAUUGCCCGUCAGCUCCCGGCCAAGGAAGCACAGGUUGCGGAGAAAGAAAGACAGCAGAGCCAAAAGAGCAACAGGCAGCCUGAUGGCCAGAGCCAAGCCCAGGGGGUUCAGCCUCAUGCACCACAGCACCAGGGAAAUCAACGCAAGUAG